AUGGCCGGCGGCUUGGCCGGUCGGCGGCGGCGGAACAUGGCCGGUGGCAGCGGCGAUGUUCUGUCUGGAUUCCGGGGCGGCGGCCCUGGAGGGUGGCAGCUGGUGAAGCUAGGGCUUCCCGCGGCGGCAUGGCGUGGUGUCCCUGUCCAAGGCGGAUCUGUGACGGCGAUCUGCUAUGGAUUGAUUCGGAUCAGAGAGGGUGACGAGCGCGCGGGAUCCAUCUCGGUGGCUCUCACGGCUUGCAAAAAAACCCCGCACGUACGAGCGACGUCACAUGCCCUCGACUGCACGCCCUACUAUGCCCGACUCACUGCCCUCGUUUGUGGCCGCCCUCCAUCCCUUCGCCGCCGCCGCUCCAUCCCUUUGCCGCCGCAACAUGCCGGAUCUUGCCUCAGCCGCCGCCUCUCCGCCGUGAAAGAGAGGGCUCCCGAUCUCCGCCGGAGUCGACCAACGGCGCGACGCGCCACCAGAUCGGCGACGCGCCGGGAUCGCCUCUCCGCCUCGGCGCUUGCGCUUCCAGAUCGAAGCCCACGACGGCGGCGUUCCCAGAUUGGUGACGCGCCACCAUACGUCACGGCUGACAGCCGUGUCCUCGUCAAGGAAGUGUCGCUUCGAGGUGGCGGCAACCAAGGCCUCCCGGAUCCCCGCCUCCUUCCUCACAUCUCCGGCGGCGAUAGCGACAAAUUCCGACACCAUGAGGCCACCGGCACGAGGAGGAUGCGGCGGGAGGGGUUUUGGCGGCAGGAGCGACGGCGGCGACCGCGGGGGCAGGGGCUUCGGCGGGAGAAGCGAUGGCGGUGGCCGCAGCGGCAGGGGUGGCCGGGGAGGCAGGACGCCCAGGGGCCGUGGUCGUGGCGGCGGGGGAAGGGGAGGGCCCGGCAUGAAGGGCGGGAGCAAGGUGAUCGUGGCGCCGCACAAGCACGACGGCGUCUUCAUCACCAAGGCCAAGGAGGACCCGCUCUGCACCAAGAACAUGGUCGCCGGGUAGUCCGUCUACGGCGAGAAGAGCGUCUCCGUCCAGCCUAUUCUGUAAUCUGUUCAAUUACAGAGUUUAUGAUCUUGUGAAUGAAGCAGGGAUCUGAGAAAAAAAGGUAAUAGUACUUUACUUCCCAGGCAGAUUUGACAUAUCCUCGUUUACUUCCCUCUUCUCUUCUGACUAACUCCUUAAAUCAUCAACAUGUGUGUACAGUUAUUCCUGCCCAUGUUUAUGUCAAGGAGCAUCACCGUAUGUGUUCAAGGAAUGCCAUUGAUUGUAUUAUCAUUAUUAUCUGUCACAAAUUUGGAUUCUGAAUUCUUUCAGAAUUCGAUUAUCUUGGAUUGAGACCUGCUGCACUGAGCGUAAGUAGAUUUAAGGAGAUCGAUAUUGAAAAUAGUUGGCUUCAUUAUGCAAUUGACUGAAAACAACUGUACUUUCACCUCGAGUUACUAAAAUGAUGCUCCUUCAUUAGAAUUCUAUCAUGUUAUCUCACCUUUUGGUCAGAAAAAUGAAAAAAAGUGCAUCUUCGGUAUUUAGUUUGACACCUAUUUGUUUUCU